GAGCUGUCAUAAAAAUUCUAAAUGAAACUUGCCUGAGGUUAACUCGCCAGCGAGGUAAGUCUGCUUUCUCUUUCAAAUAAUUCCGAUUCUUUGUUGUUUUAUUCAAUAAUUCAGCUCUUUAAAGUUACCUUUUAUAAUCAACAAGAAUAUUAUCAAGUACCCCAGGCCUAAAAAGAUAGUUAAAGUCACUGAAAUGUUUUCAGUGUUUUCAGGUGUCACGAGUCGUAUGAAUAACCUGAAACGUUCUGUCGGCUUGAAGGAGUUUCUUUUGCUUCGAAAUUUCAACUUUCUAUCUAUUAGCAGAAGUUUAGGGAAAAACUCUCAUUAAGAGUCGACUUAUUUCAUCAUAACGUUACCAGUUUGAUCGACGACUAUCAUGGAGUCCAGUCGUUCAUUUAUAUGUAAGGUUAUAUUUAAAUCGGCUCGUGCAGUUAUUUUUCCUUUGACAGGAUUUGCUGUAUAGUAAAAAACAAAGUAGAAUUCUUCGCCUUUGUUUAACACGCAUUCGUCCUCUCCCUGAAUAGUCCUUACUGGUUACAUUAGAAGCUAAUACAUUUUGUUUGGCAGAACUUUGACAAAGCACUGCUCACAAAUAUUCGACUCACCACGGAUCACUGAAUCCAGACAACCUCUUCAAUACUUCAAGCGUCUUCAUUUGGUUUACGCGCAACAAGGAAUAUAAUUUACAUAAAAAACUAACCUUGAAUGUCUAUGUCACCAGAUUCAAAAGAAGAUACAGAAAACAAUAUCACCCUUUUCAAAUGGGAGUAUUUAUACUAGCACGGAAAUUCUAUACGGUCUUGCAGCCGGCUGACUGACACGACUUUAAAAGCUUUUUGACAUUCUGUAGUGAUGUACCAUAUGUGUUUCAAGCGAGCUAAAAGUAACUACCUUGAAAAGUCUUUGAGUGAAAAACUGGGAAUGGAAAUGACCCAAACCAUUUCCAGCAUGAUUUCUAAUGCCGCAUAAAACAGCAAAGCAAGGUCGCUCGUUUUUGUUUUUUGUCAUUAAUUUUUGAUUCGGCAGUCUAGCAGGAAGGCAGUUCAUGAAAGUUGCAAAAGUCGGAGCCAGUCAGGUUUGGUUUCAAGAAGAAACAUUAACGCUCAAGAGUGUUGGACACUUAUUAAUACCUCUAUGACAUGGUCAAAUGUCAUUUUGACCAAACAGUAUUUCCUCGAAUAAGCGCCCGCUGGUUUUAAACCAAGUAGAGAAUGGUCUAGUUGUUCCUGGGAAGUUCACAGCAUUUACCCAGAGCUCGGCAAUCGGAAAAAAUUAAAAGAAAAGAUAACGCACCUAAGAACUCUGCAAGCGCAUGGAUAUAGAAAUAACUGGAUGUGACUUAAAGGAAAAGAAACUAUUCUCCUUUACUAAUUCCAGUGUAGUCGACGCCUGAAAAGUUGAAAUAAAGUGGCAAUAAAAGCUGGUUUUGGCUUGAAUCCCUUCCCUCCUAUUUAAGAGAGUGAGGGGGGGGGGGGAGGGGCGCUUAUUUGAUAUUAUGGCCUUCAGCAGCGGAGGGAUGGCGCUUAUUAGAGGGUGGGCGCUUAUUCGGGGAAAUACGGUAUAUUUUGACCACGUUAGCAGAGCGUGUCUUUCUGGAAAGUGUACAGCUUUGUUAGCGUCUCUGGUAAUCCCUGGUAUUUCGCGUAGUUGGCCGAGAAAGAUUGUCAGUUAGCAGAGUAAUUGUAAUUGUAUACAGUGGUUUGUAUAUAAAGUGUUCACCUUGUAUAUACCUUGUGUUUUCCUUCCAAAAGCGCGAAGAGAAGACUGAAACCGACUUCCGAUGCCCAUGCAGUUUGCCCCUGGCAAAUCCCUGGCAUGUCAUUGGUCAAGUUGUCGUUGUUUCGUUCUCGUUCCCAUAGCCCCGUUACCCAAAAGAAACGAAGGGCUCAGGGGACGAGAAUAGCAACCUUAAGCAAAUACGAGGACGACGACGACAACUUCAAACAACAAGACGUUUAAUGAUCAAAACAACAGCUCUGUACGUGCAUCACGCUUUUUAGUACCUUUCUUUGACGCCCACUGCACGACUUCGACGUGAAACCUCCUAGUGUGACGUUUUAUGGAGGACAUGGACAUACGACGACGAAUUUUCCUUCCUCUUUUUGAACUUGAAUAAAAUGUUUAAGAAUUCAACUCCAGGAAAAGUCGCCUGCAUUUGACAUAUUGAGCGGGUCCAUAUAGACGCGAUGAAGUUUGAAAGAACGCAAAUUCACUUUUUUAGCGACGUUUUCACUGCCGUCGUCGUUGUUUAAGGUCCCUAAUGUCGUUGGUGAUCGAGGUUUCUGUGGGCGUGUCCGGUUUAUAAACGUGUCACUGUGCCAUACUGAUUAUAACGUAGUUUACACAAAAAUAUAACAGACCUUCGGAGACUCCAGAAAAUUCGGGUAAUAUUGUCCCUCUUAAUAUUAAAAGCAACGUUUGUUCUCUUUCGCACUUGCAACAUUAGCUCUUUUCUUUCUCGAUCUGGUUUGGAAAAGGGGAGUUCUAUCAGAUUUUUCCUCGGUAAAUUUGUAUGAUCACGAAUGUUUUAUGAAUGAGUGAAUACGAUAACUUAUACUUUUGCCGUUAUUUUUGUCCACCAGUAUGUGUGAUUGAAACACUCCUUUCCAACACGGGAGUCACUCAGUCGUAUAGCAAUACAACAAAAAGAAGCUGGACAGAAUGGCUAGGGGUGAUUUUUGUACUAAAAGUACCAGCAGUGUACAUUUACGAGACCUGGAUAAGCUAGUUUCUUCAUUCAACGAGGAGCGAAGAGCUGUUGAUAUGAAAAAUCGUAAACUUGUCUCGGGAGAUUGCCUGACGAGGGAUAGAAUCGAAUAUAUAUCAGUUGGGACACUAUCGUCCACAAAUGAACAAGAAGUUGCAUCCUUUGAAGAACGUUUUGAUGGCACAGUUAUUGAAGGAGCAAUAAAAAAUGAAGUUGCCUUCGAUUCGACAUUGGAAUCAGAAUCAGACCCUGGAAUUGAUAUCCAAUAUUCAACAAACUCUUUAAACCUGAUAAGUGAGCUUUGUGACAGGCUUAUAACAGCCUCUCUCCCAAACAACAGCAAACACUGUGUCAGGCAGCCAUCAUGGAAUGAAACAUGGGCCACACCCAUUGCCAAUGCGACUCGAAAAUUAGAACCAGCUUAUGACCAAACUAUGCUUUCACCGGAGGGAGCUGGACCUCCUAAAGGCUCGUCUUGUUCCCGAGGCUACUCAACUCAAAACACAGCCACCUUGCAAGUUUCUCCACUGAUGAUUAAAACGAAUGAUGCAAUGAAUAAAUCGAAUGAUGGCAUUACAGCGCCCUUCGGCAUGGAGCUUUCUAAGACUGAAGCAGACAAAGAAGCGGAAAACAACAAGCAAAUUGGUGAUUACGCGGAUCAAAUGCCUUUAGAUUCGUGUCCUCAACCGAUUGCAGCCAUUUCUCGCAUGCAGCGAAUGCUAGAAAGGAUAUCACCAGCACUUGGGAGAGGAGAAAUUACAAAUCAGGGGACUGCUGAAGAUCGCGAUUGUGUUUCAUCUGAUGAUUCGUUGCAAAGCGCCUCAGCCUGCGAAAUAGGUAUAAUAUAAUGCAUCUCGAGUAAGGUUGAUCAUAGUUUUUACCCCACCUUAAAUAACACAGACGUCUUGUUUAUUUAAUGGUAGACCUUAUAACCGGCCGACUGUAUAGCAUGCUUUAGGGUCUUGUUUUAUGUCUUGUAGGUUAUUCUAGGGACCUGGGGUUUGAUAGAAAUACAGUGCGGGAUUUAGGAAACGCAAAAUGUCUUGACUUGGUUGACUGCUAUUCUGGAAGCGGGAUUCGCCAAAAGCUUGGCACGGAACGCGGGAAAUAGAACGGUAUUCGGGGAGAAGUUCGGAGGAGCGGGAGUGGGAGAUCAGGUCACGCCCCCCCCCCCCCCCCCCCCCCCCCCCCCCCCGCCCGAGCGCGGAAAACAUAUGGAGUACUAAAAAAUAUUUAUAGAGGUUUUGUUUUGGUGGUGUUGUGUGCCCGCGCCAAACCCCCCCCCACGACUCCCCCCCCCCCCCCCCCCCUUCCCAUCUUCUUUUCACACCUUUUUCUCCCCCUCACCCAUCGCCGCAUCCACGGUGACGGUUUGAUACUUAGCAGCAAAAGAAUGGGUGGGGGUUGUUAUAAAAAAAGAGGGGGGGAUUUGAGAAAGGAAAAAUUGUUUCUUUGGUUUUAGUUCCUUAUGGUGGGGGGGUGUCCCCAAAACUGUGGAGAGGAAGGGGGGAAAAAAAAGGUUAUUGGGGAGAAAAGGGGGGGGGGGGGGGGGGGAAGAAGAGGCCCCCCCCCCCCCCCCCCCCCCCCCCCGUUCCUGACGGCAAGAGAGAAUAAUCUUGUAGACGUAUAAAACAUGUUGGUCCAGUGUUGGAUUUCGAUGGAUUAGCCUCCCGCGAAAACGCUCUAAGGCCUUCUCACACCCUCCUUCCUCUUGAACCUAGUGUUCAUGGAUCCCUUUGACCCGAACAUCAGGGGCCACUGUAAUCGGGGUACAUAUUUCAAACUAUUCGAAAGCGAUGCGUGCGGACGGGAACUUUCCUUUGCUUUCGCCAUUUUUUUUUUUUUUUUGAAAACGGAGAAAAUGUUCAAAUGAAAGACAGACACGGGACGUGUGAACAAGGCGUAAAGUUUAAUUUUUCAUAGACCCUUCUUCCCUCCCCCACCCCUGCUGGUCAGAAAUAUAAGGAACUCCCAGCAUUCUUCGCGCCCGGAGUAACACGACGCCAUUUUGAUUCACAAAGAACAUUUGACCAUUGUUCAAGCUUUAAAGAUAAAAAAUUAGAUUUUCCUAAAUGGAGAGCAAAGCACAACAACCUGCGCAAGGUAGAGAUUCAAACGAGAAUGAUAUAAAUCUCUUCUGAUUCUUUUACUGAUCAAAAGAUUUUGAAUUUCAGCCAUCGGUUCUUCUUCUGCCACCCCAGCUUCUGUUCAAUCUUCUGUUGCACCGAGCCAGAAUUCCCCUGGAAAAUACUCUGAACUCUUAGCCGUGAUUGAGGAGUUAGGCAAAGAUAUUCGUCCCACGUAUGCUGGUAGUAAAAAUGCCGCGGAGCGGUUAAAGAAAGGUGAGAAACGGUAGAUAGACGUCACCGACAGGCGAUUACACAAAACAUUCUUUUAUAAGUAUUUCUUGGGAAAUAUGCACGAUAGUAGUAAUAACCUUUAUUCGCUUGAUAAAAUACAUAUCAAAAGUUACAAAAUUCAUAUUAAAUUAUAAGAAUAUAAAAAAAGAUGCACAAUUGCAGUAAAUAAUAUCUGACUCCCCCCCCCACCCCCCAGGUUUAAUGCAUCCGUCAAUUCCAGCUGCGCCCAGCGCCCCCCUCCCCCGGGCUACUGCGGGGUAUUUGCCCGCAUUUUCUGUCCCUGGGGUGGGGCAUCUGCAAAUUUUGCACUGCCCAGGGGCUGGGCAUUUGCCACCCCGGGGCUAUUCCUGGGCUUUUGACACGCACGCAGUUCCCUAUCAGAAUAUAAUUACACAGAGGAUAUUACUGGAAAAAAGGCAGAUUGGCCCAUCUGUCAAGGACAGGGGUAAGGCAUGUUCUCAAUUUUAUGCAUGCAUUUCUUCAUUGCUGUAUCAAGCCUGAAUUACAUAGUGAAACUUGGGAGCUAUCGACGGGAAUCAAUGUUUUUAGGUUUAUAGCGAAUCAAAUUUCUGUUGAUAUUAUUAAUUUUGAGGAACAUCCUUUCAUAUUAAUUUUAUAAUCUAUUUACAACAAAUAACUUUACAGCACUCUAUUAAUUUUAAUGUCAAUAAUUUUAUAUCAAUACUAAAACCAUAAACUGGUGCGUGUUGUCGCGGUGUCAAGUCUUAAUAAUUCGAAUCCUGGCGCUAUUACAAAGGAAUACAUUACUUGAAACGAAAAUUCGCACAUUAAAAUGUGUAGAACGGCACUUUUGGACUGUGCAAUCAAUGAAAAAUGUUGCAGUCACAAAUUUCCCAGCAAUAGACCAAUAUUUUACGGAUUUUCAGGGAUUGCAAUAUUAUAUGUAAUCUUUAGGGGUAAGCAGAAAAGUCUUCAAGGGGAAGGAGGAAAGUGUACGGAUAUCAUAAGCAAUAGUCCAGUCCUUUGUUUCAAAGCAUUUACAUGUAUGUUUGUCUUUCAGGCAUUAUGCAUGCACGGGUGCUGGUGAGGGAAUGCCUCGUAGAAACUGAUAGAUGUGCAAGACAAUAG